AUAUCAUUAAAUCAAGUGGAUGGCUUUGAUAGCUUCAAACCGGCUAGUAGCUUUCAGACUUUCUCUUUAUCUGCUACGGGAACUGAAACAUCCGAUGCCCAGAAUGCUGCCAAUGAACCUCUGUCUAUUGAUAAUCUGAUGCAUGCUGUUUCAAUCAGCAUGCCAGCUUCUCCCAUGCAAGCCACCUUAAUGAGCAAUGAAAAUAGAGUUCUUUUUGUUGGGCACGGCGGAGAUGAUUUUGCGGAUGGAAUUGCAGAGCCCUCAGCUGCAUCUGAAACACUAACAAAACAAGUAAAAUUUCAUUCUCAGCCAAUGCCAAAAGGAGCUGCAAUCGAGCAGCCAGUGAACUUCAGCCACCAUCCCCGUAUCAGAAGGUUGAAGGACAGGAGAUUUGAUGCUUUCAAGACCUGGCCAGGGAAACUUGAGAAGCAGCUAUCAAAUUUGCGUGGAAAGCCGCAGGAGCGUGGGCCAGAUCAGGAAGUUCCCCAGAAUUCUGAGAAUGAAGCUUUGCCUGUAGACAGAUACUUCGAUGCACUGGAAGGACCUGAGCUGGACACCCUCCGGCCUUUAGAGGAAAGUGUGCUGCCAGAUGACAUGACCUGGCCAUUCCUUCUCCGAUAUCCUAUUUCUUCAUUUAGUAUCUGUCUAGGAGUAAGUAGCCAAGCCAUUAUGUGGAAAACACUCGCAACAGCUCCCUCAACAAAAUUCCUCCACAUAAGCCUGGAAGUAAACCGCAUCCUUUGGUUCAUAUCCCUUGUUCUUGUAGCCAUUGUUUCAUCCAUCUACCUUCUCAAAGUGAUCUUCUUCUUUGAAGCUGUUCGCCGUGAGUAUUUUCACCCUAUUCGUGUCAAUUUCUUCUUUUCCCCUUGGAUAGCCCUUCUGUUCUUAUGUCUUGGAGCGCCACCUUCUAUUGCUAAAAACCUUCCUGAAGCUCUUUGGUAUGUCCUCAUGGUUCCAAUCUUCUGUCUAGAGCUUAAGAUCUAUGGUCAAUGGAUGUCUGGUAGACAGAGGGGGCUUUCCAAGGUGGCCAACCCGUCAAACCAUCUCUCAAUUGUUGGCAACUUUGUGGGAGCAUUGUUGGGUGCCUCAAUGGGACUAAAAGAAGGGCCUAUUUUCUUUUUUGCUAUGGGGUUGGCUCAUUACAUAGUUCUAUUUGUGACUCUAUACCAAAGACUUCCAACCAAUGCGACGCUCCCAAAGGAACUCCAUCCUGUAUUCUUCUUGUUUGUUGCAACUCCAAGUGCUGCUUCCACUGCAUGGGCAAAAAUUCAAGGCUCUUUCGAUCAUGGAUGCCGAAUUGCUUAUUUCAUUGCUUUGUUCCUCUAUUUUUCAUUGGCUGUUCGGGUUAAAUUUUUUUGUGGAUUUAAGUUCUCAUUGGCUUGGUGGGCGUACUCUUUUCCAAUGACUAGUGCAGCCAUAGCAACUAUCAGAUAUUCAAGCGAAGUCACAAAUAUAGGCAAUCAGACUCUUUCUGUUAUACUAUCUGCAAUUGCCACUCUCUUCGUAAUAGCUCUGCUUGCAACAACCAUAAUCCAUGCCUUUGUCCUCCGAGACCUCUUCCCUAAUGACGUUGCCAUUGCAAUUAGUGACAGAAAACCAAAACCACACAGGAAGUGGUUCCACAGAAGAAAUGGGAGCUCACAUCAUGACGGAUGCAAAAAAGGUGCUGAUUUAGAAACUUGCUUUAAUCCCCCCAAAACAGAUAACAACUGAGUCAAGAUUUAUGCCUUAGUUGAUUACUCGCUGGUCCUUGUAAAUUUUGUAUUUUCAGAACUCAAAUAAAACAUGUAAGGAACAUAAAUAUUUAGGAGUUUGAGAUGGUUCCAAUUACUGUUUUAUAACUCAGACCGAUUUGAUCAGUUGAACCAGAAUUGCUUACAAAAUCCGUUCAAAUCAUGACAUAAACUUGGUUUGUAAUAAAAUUCGAUUAAAGUG